AUGGAAAAUGACAUCUUCGAGAAGAGUAAAAAUGAGUUGGAGAGAAUCUACUUAAGUAAACAUGUCGUGGUGCACCCGAUAGUCCUCCUCUCAGUGGUGGACCAUUAUAACCGCAUAGCAAGUAACACAAAAAAGAGAGUCCUCGGUACAAUCCUUGGAGAAAAAAUAGACGGCGUUGUACAUCUAACAAAUAGUUUCGCCCUCCCAUUUGAAGAAGACAUCAAAGAUAUCAACAUCUUCUUUGUCGAUGAUAAUUACAAUGAGAAUCUCUUCAAUAUGAUACGAAAGAUUAAUACUCGAGAGAAGAUUGUCGGCUGGUAUACUACGGGGUCUAACAUUAAACCGAAUGACAUUUUUAUUAAUGAGAUUUUUUACAAAUAUCACCACGCUCCGAUCUUCCUUUUGGUCAAUGUGCACACGGAUCAGAGCAUCUUUCCUGUUAAUGCUUAUGUGGCCAUUGAGAAGGCCAUCUCUGACAACAAGUUCAGGAAGACCUUCAUCCACAUCCCCGUCACGAUAGGCGCGUUCGAAGCCGAAGACGUUGGAGUAGAAUUCCUUCUGAAAGAGCUGAAGAGCGUGUCAACGUCCACCCUGGCGACCAAAGUCGGGGACAAGCUCUCUUCCCUAAAAAGCCUCAUCUCGAAGCUCCACGAAAUCUCUGCCUACCUAAAUGACAUUCUCAGUGGAAACAUUGAAAUGAACAUUAAAAUUUUGUACAAUCUCCAAAACGUAUUUAGUCUCCUCCCGGACACGGAAAACCCAGAGCUAUUAGAAGCCUUUAUGGUGAAAAAUAACGACAUCAUGCUGAAUGUCUUCAUUGGAAGCAUUACCAGGUCGGUUAUUGCUCUACACAAUCUGAUUAAUAACAAAAUUGAAAAUAAAAUAAACGCCGAGAAGAAGAAGCAGCUCGACGUAUCCAAGGACGCGGAGGAGGACAAGGAGAAGGAGAAAGAGAAGGACAAAGAAAAGGACAAAGAUAUGGACAAAGAGAGGGAAAAAUUGAAGAAGAAAAACUAG